AUGCGUUUCCUGGAGAAAUACUUUCCUGGCAUCGCUAAACAAGACAAGGAAGCUGAGUUCCUUGCAUUGCAGCAGGGAGAUAUGACGGUGCAAGAAUAUGUGAACAGGUUUGAGCACCUGGCGAGGUAUUACUCGCAAGCCAUUACUGAAGAAUGGAGAUGUUUAAAGUUUGAGCGAGGACUCAGACAUGAGCUGAAGAGGGUGGUAACACCGUUGCGAGAGAGAAGAUUCCCAAUCUUGGUGGAACAGGCCAAGAGUGCUGAGCACCUGGAGAAGGGCCUUGGCCCAGUUAUGAGUAGACACCAGAGGAAUGUCGUAGACGCGCGACAAAUGAAGAAGCCGUAUAGCCGGCCACAGACGUCUCAGGGUCCUACUUGUUACCAGUAUGGAGGACCCCAUUUGAAAAGAAAUUGUCCACAGCUGACCAGCGGGGGUCAUUUUGCGAACAAUUGCCCUGAGAAGAAGAGCCUUGGUGCGAAGAAACCAAAAGUAGCGUCGCCAGCAGAACGAGCUCGGGCCGUUGGGAGAGUUUUUGCCAUGACAUCUACUGAGGCGACUCAGUCAGGUAACUUGAUAUUGCAACCUUGUUUACUUAUGGGGCAUGAUGUCUUAGUUUUAUUUUAUUCUGGCGCAUCCCAUUCCUUUAUCUCUAAUGCUUGUGUGGGACGAUUGAGUCUGGUGACACGUGACUUGGGGUGUGAGUUGCUUGUUUCAACUCCUUCCUUGGGCCAGGUAGCUACCAGUUCAGUCUAUGUUGGGUGUUCAAUGGUGGUGGCAAGUCACAGAUACAAGGUGAACUUGGUGUGCUUGCCCUUGGAGGGAAUGGAUGUGAUAUUGGGAAUGGACUGGUUGUCUAACAAUCACAUCAUAAUUGAUUGUGGACGGCGUAAUUUGGUAUUCCCAGAACAUGAAGGGUUGGAAUUGAUAUCAUCUCGGGAAGCUGCGAAAGCGUUACAAGACGGGGCUGUGUAUGAAGUGCCAGGGUUGCCGCCGAGUCGAGAAAUUGACUUCACCAUUGACCUCAUUCCUGGUGCAGGUCCAGUGUCUAUGGCUCCAUACAGAAUGGCACCGGCUGAGCUUGUAGAACACAAGAAGCAAAUUGAAGAGUUACUGGAGAAGCAAUUCAUUCGACCAAGCGCGUCGCCUUGGGGAGCUCCAAUCUUGUUAGUGAAGAAGAAGGAUGGGAGCUCGCAACUAUGUGUGGAUUAUAGGCAGCUAAAUAAGAUGACUAUUAAAAACAAAUAUCCAUUGCCAAGGAUCGACGACUUGCUAGAUCAGUUGAAGGGAGUAGGGGUGUUCUCUAAAAUCGAAUUGAGGUCGGGAUACCACCAAAUUCUAGUGCGGCUGGAGGAUGUGCAAAAGACAACAUUCAGGUCAAGAUACGACCACUAUGAAUAUGUGGUGAUGCCAUUUGGAGUGACGAAUGCACCAGCAGUAUUCAUGGAUUACAUGAAUAGAAUUUUCCGACCUUGGUUGGAUAAGUUUGUUGUUGUCUUUAUUGAUGACAUUCUUAUUUACUCGAGGACACGAGAGGAACAUGCCGAUCACUUGAAGGUAGUGUUGAAGAUACUCAGAGACCACCAGUGUAUGGGAGCUGUCCAAGUGUGA